AUGGUCAUCCGGAGUCUUUCCUGGGCACCGGCCUUGCCCGAGCGCUUCCGUUACACGCCGCUCCCCAGGCCACCAAGCAUUCGUCUCCUACAGGUUGAGAAGUACAACCCGACUGAUCCCCGGAUACGCUGCUGGGUAUACACCUGUCCGCUGGCGGAAGGCCUGCGGCCGCCUUUCGAUGCUCUGUCGUACUGCUGGAGCGGUGCCGUGAUCGACGAGGAUGAAGAAGAGAAUGGCGGACCACAAGGGCAGGACUUCUGGUACGAGAUCGAGGUCAACGGCACGUCGUGGAUGGUGAUGGACAGCUUGUACGAUGCGCUGCUCGCACGGAGCAGGUCCGGCGAUGGGGAGAGGCUGCUGUGGGUAGAUGCGUUGUGCAUCAAUCAGACGGAUGACGAAGAAAAGACAGAGCAGGUCGCGCUGAUGGGUGAGAUCUAUGCGGCCGCCAGCCGCGUCAUCGUGUGGCUCGGUGCUGACGGCUCGUAUGUGGAUGAGGUGGCGUACAUCCAUACCACGGUUGCGAACGCGUUGGAUCGGUUCAUAGACGAUCGGGGCGCCGAGGUCGCUUUCAAGAGUUCGCCGCAGGAUACUGCAUUUCUCGGAGCUCUCGGGCUGGACAUACAGCUGGAUGAAUGGUUUCGCAUAUGGCGGGCGUAUUUUCACUUCUUCCGCACUAGGCGCUGGUUCUUCAGGGCUUGGAUUGUUCAGGAGGUGGUGCUGGCAAGAGAGGUCCAGGUCCGCUGCGGUGACAAGGUAAUUCCGUGGGAGGCAUUCAUCUCGCUCGGUAGGUUCAUCUUGUAUAGCGGAUGGGUACAGGUGCUCGCCCCAAUCGAGCAAAAGCUCAAAUUCGCCGGUAUCAACGAGCUGAAUACCAUUUGGUCCAUGCAGAUGGACUUUCGCUCCGGAGGGCCAUGGUCGCUCGGAUUCCGGCAGACUCAGCAACAUCUGAGCGGGGCUCAAACGGAUUCGGAAUUCUGGUACUGGUAUCUGCUUCGGGUGUUGGACAAUGUUCGCGGCCAACUGGCGACAAAUCCAAGAGACAAAGUAUACUGCAUCCUGGGAAUGACAUCAAAAUUCCUACCAACGGGGAUACCAUCACCAAUCCGACCGGACUAUUCUCAGGACCUGCAGACGGCGGAUAUGUUCGCCGAUGUGGCUAGGUUGAUCCUAGACCGUCUGCCAAAUUUGGGAUUUCUUGCUCUGGCGGAAGACCAGACGGAAAGGAGUUUCUCGAACCUCCCUUCCUGGGUGCCUGACUGGAGCGUGCCCGGUUCAAACCAUGGCCACCUUUCUUGGGCUCAGGUAAGCGAUAUGCCCAUCUACAAUGCCUCAAGAGUCGAAACUGUACAGGGCCGACCGUGGACGAUGCGAGGCGCCACUCUUUAUUUGCAGGGUUCUCCUUUGGAUAUCAUUGCUUCGGUUUCGGAACCGGUAGGACUGAUGGUAACCACGCACUGGAUACAGUCUUGUCUGAGGAUUUGUGAGAUGUUGCCCGAGAGGUACGCAUAUACUGGCCAAGGCCGUAUCGAAGCGCUUUGGAGAACACUCAUUGCGGACGAGUUUGAAGGCAGACAUCCUGCACCACCCGAGGCAGCAUCCAACUUUCGAGACUGGGCAUCGAUUGUUCUCGCCCUGGGCCUUCAUACACGCAGCUCAAAUGACCAAAACCCGGGACCAUACCUGGACGAGCUAUCGAUCCUGGACAAAUUUUCGCGAGCCGAAGAAGAACUACUCCCGACCAAGGACCAAGUCGUCAAGAAAGCGAAUAAGAUCAGCACGGCGUUGGAAACGAUUCAGAUCGACGAGGAGCUCCUGGAUUUUGUGACGAAAGGCGACGGAGCAGCCAUGCCAUACGGUUCACGGCUCGGUGCGACUGGUGGGUCCCGUCGACUGUAUGUGACGGCUGGUGGGUGUCUAGGAAUCGGGCCUGGCUCCAUGGAAGAGGGCGAUGCUGUGUGGCUUAUUCGUGGAGCUAGAGUACCGUUCGUGCUGCGCAAGUGUCGAGAGCUGCAGGCGAUGCAGCUGCUUGGGGAGACAUAUGUCCACGGCUUCAUGCACGGGGAGAUGGUCGAUGCUGUGGGGGGCGACGUGGCCGAAGUGGCUAUUGUGUGA